CUCUCUUCUGAGACAAGAGUUGGGGGUGGUCGGCAGUGACUGUGAGACCAAGUGAUCAAUCACGGGGAAUGGAGGUGUGUGGAUGGAUGGCAGGCGGCAAAGCCAGGAAAGCUACGGAGUGUGCGGAUUAGUGUACUAGUAGCAGCCUUGCAUACCGCCCGCUAAUAAUGUGCUUGUGAAGCAAGGGAUGAUGCCAGAAAGAGGGGUUGUGGUUUCUGGGUGGUGGUGGUGACCCUUGGCAUUAACUGAGUUACACGGAAGAUGUGAAUGAUAGGUUCACCCCAUGUUUCAAAUGUUGUGAGUGCAACUGGAUGGCGUUCACUUGAUCUGGGGACUGAGCGGGGGGUUCAAGCCCAUGGAGAGGCGCGACCGACCGGGGUGAGGGGGAGGGAGUACGACCUCCGUCGGAGAUUCGGAGAGGGCGGUUUUGGUGUUUGUCAGCCAUGCGAGAGAGACGCGCAAGUUACGCGGUUUCUUCAGGCAGUUAUUUUGUUUUGUGUUUUUGAUGCAGUGGAUCUAAAUGCGAGGUACCCGGAUUGCCUCCUCUCCAAACAAGCAGGCGGUCGGUCGGUCGGUCAGCGGCCAGAGUUGUUCGUUUCGAGAUACGUUAUUCGUAGAAGGACGGCAGCGAACACCACCCCUCGUCCUGCAGGGCCCAAAGUGGCGCGCUGCAAGCACAAUGAAUGGGGGAUUAAGCUAUGCCCCCUUGUCGAAGAUCAGACUUGGGGUUGGCUGAACCGCCCGUUCUGGUGGGCUGGCUACCGUCUCAGCUCAAGCAAAGCAAAGUGCACCGUAGGGGAUUGGGCAAUUAGGAAUCAGGGCGGCGAGAGAUUCAUGCGCGUUCUGCCUGCGGGAGGCAGCCCAUUGGAUGUGCCGGAAGCCCGGGGCUGAGUUGUCCCAGUUGUCGUGCAGCAGGAAGAGGACUGUCUGGAGACAAGCGUGGACAACAUAGCGAGAUGCUGCUC